AUGUCAGAAGUUGAAUUGGAAAAUUCACAUCUCGCACAGCGUAAUGAUUUUAUGGAAGAUGAUGAAAUGAACAACACGGAGGACACAUCAUCAUCACCACAACAACAGGAAAAUGUUGAAACAUCAUCGGAUGAGGAGCAACAACCUCUUGAAUUUGAUGAUGAAGACGAUGGUGCACAAGCUCGUAAAAUCAAACAAUUAGCUCUCUUGAAAUCUUCAAUCGGAGGUCGGAGCGGUUUGGAUGAUUUGGAUGCCUUGAUGGAUGGAGAGGAUGCUCCCAUUGAUGAAAGUGUACUUUAUUCUGUCAAGAGAAAAUCCAUAAACGAAGAGCCAACAGUAGAUGAAAUGAAUGAACCACAGGAAGAAGAGGCAGCUGUUCAUUCAACAACAUCCAAUAAGAAGAACAAAGUUUCAAAGAAAAAACAAAAAGAAAUUAAAGAUUUGGAAGAUGCUGUCUAUGCACAAUAUAAGAGAACAAAGGAGGUUGAUGAAGAUCUUCCACAUAGAGCUCUCAAGCACAUUUUCAAAAUGGAGGAACUUGUUCCUAAAAUUCUCACACAUUUGACGCCUAUUAUUGACUCCUUUUCUUGUCACAAACGUCCUCUCAAACCAGAAAUCAAAAUCGAUAAAUAUAUUACUGCAUCAGACAAAGUUCAAUACAAGCAUGCACUUGUUUCAAGUGACGAUGAGGAUUCCUCAGACGACGAUGAUGACGGUGACUUUGACUUGAUUGUAACGAAAGAUAUAUCUUCACAACCAGUCAGUAGCACUUCUCGUGAUGACGAUGACUCUAGUGAUGACGAGGAAGACAACGGAGAGGAUAUACUCCAUAUGGAUCCCAUUGCUUCAACAGAGCCAUCUCAUGGAAAUGAACCUUCUUGUGCACAAGAAGAAGCAGAAGGAAAAUCAUCAUCAACUCUUCUUCCCACAGAAACGACCAUUCCUGACACAGUCAUCACCUCGGGAAUCAAAGAUACUUUCAAUGAACCUCUAUUGCCUCAGACACUCACAUUAGCUCCCGAAGAAGAGAUCACACACCAAGCAAAUGAAGAGGAACCAGAAGCAGAAACAUCUUCCGAUGAUCAUUCAUCAGAUCGAGAAGAACACAAGAAACCACCAGAGAUGUCUGAAGAGGAAAAACAACAACGUGAAUUGCAACGCAAGUUAGCCAUCAAGCAAUACAUUGAAGAAAUGAAGGCAGAAGCAAAGGCUGCUGAAGCAUACAUGUCUGAUGAAUGUGAAGAGGAAGAUGAUGAUGGAAAUGUGUUGAACUACAGAACUCUGGAUGAUAUUCACAACUUGGAUGAUAAAGAGUUAGAAAAGGAAAUUGAAAGCUUUAUUGAAUUCAACGAAUCUGAUGAAGAAUCAACUGUGCAACGAUCAGAAGUAGAAAGUGAAAUUACAGAUAUCACCGACGAAGAGGAAGAAGAGGACGAUGAACUCAUGAGCUUUGGAAAUGACGAUAAUAACUUAUCGAGCCUCCAUAAGAAACGUGUGAAAAAGGAAUACACCCCACAAAUGCUUAAAGAACAAUUUGAGAAGAAUCAAGAAUUACUCAAGAGUAUGAAACGAAAAGAUGGUGGCUAUGGGCCAUUCAGCUCUAGAACUUCUCGUCUUUUGAAUUUGACCCUUUCUAAAUUCGCAAUUCCUCAAUCUGCUGUGGAAGCUGAUAAAGAGAAACUCGACCAAAGAAAGGAAAGAUUGGAGCUUGAAACCAAAAAGAAAGAAGCUGAAAAACGACAAGUAGAGGCCUAUAGAAAUGCUUUGAAAAAGCGAAAAAGAGAAUUACUUGCAAGUCAAGAGACAGCAACAUCUGAACAAGAUUCAGAAAGCAGCAGUUUAGCAUCAUCUUCAAGCCUUCCAUCUCUGUCAUUCUCAUUGUCCAAUUCUCAAGAAGUUUUAUCCAUCAUUCAACAAACUCCAAGAACAACAAGCACCACUUCUCAACCAUCCAAAUCAUCAUCUCACAACAAACAUGCUGCUCCUAAAUCUUCCUUCCUUAACAACACUAAUCGACAAAAGGCAAAACAAUUUGCUGCUCAGCAAGAGCGGAAAAAGCAAAAACAAACCAAACAAUCGGUUUCUGUAUUUUCCUUACCCUCCAGUUCCACAGAAAAACCAAAGAAAAAGAAAAAGACAAGUCACAAGAAGAAAUAG